AGGGGGCAAAGUCUCUGUUCCUGCGUAAUCUCGACAGGUUACAAGGGUCUGAGCUUACAGAGUUCAUCACAUGGGUUAAAGAAGUGAUUGAUGAAACGCAGAAUGGGGCAGACGGUGAUACGUGUUGCACAAACGACAGUACGCAUUGUUGCACAAAUGAGAGUACGCGCGACGACGAGGAUAAUCUUGGGACACUCAAUAC